UCCUUAUGCACGCGCCUGGACCAAAACUCCAAGACGCAGCCGCGAACAUGGGAGUCCUCGGGAGACUCAGUUCAGAUGAGCUCCGAUUCUUCAACUCUCAAGGUUACCCUCUCAAUUUCGCGUGUGCGUGCUUUCUUCUUGAGAAAGAGAGAUGCACGCAAUAAUCUGUACAGUUCAAGUCAGUUAAUCUGAAGCGAGUGGUAUUUUGAUCAGGGUAUCUUGUGCUGGAGUCGUUUUCCACGGCAGAAGAGAUCGAAUCGAUGAUGGUGAGAAUGGAGGAGCUUCUUGAUGGGUUUGAUUGUUCCUCCACCACCUCGAUUUUCUCCACCAAGAAUCAGAAGGAAACUAGUGACAAUUACUUCUUUGAAAGCGCUGAGAAGGUUUCGUUCUUCUUUGAAGAGAGGGCAUUUGGGGAUAAUGGUAACUUGAAACAGCCAAAGCAUCUCUCCAUAAACAAAGUUGGCCACGCUUUGCAUGAAAAUGAUCCCGUGUUUAAAAAGUUCUCUAGUCCAGAAAAAGUUUCUGGCCUACUCCAGUCUUUGGGUUAUCAGCGGCCAGUGGCUCUUCAGUCCAUGUACAUAUUUAAGCAACCAGGUAUUGGUGGUGAAGUUGUACCACACCAGGACAACUCAUUUCUUCAUACUGAACCACGAAGUUGUACAGGCUUGUGGCUGGCUUUAGAGGAUGCAACAAUUACAAACGGUUGUCUCUGGGCCAUUCCAGGGUCUCAUAAAAAUGGCCUUGUGAGGAGAUUUAUUAGAGACAAGGACGGGGUUCACUUUGAUAAGCCAUCCCCAUCAUAUGACCAAAAAGAUUUCGUUCCUAUCGAAGUUAAAGUUGGCACUUUGGUUGUCAUUCAUGGUGAUCUUAUCCACCAGAGCUUCGAGAAUAAGUCUGAAAAAUCAAGGCAUGCUUACAGUGUGCACAUAGUUGACACAGAUGGCUGCAAAUGGUCAGAAGACAACUGGAUUAGGAGGAAGACGAUUCCAGAACCCAUAUACAGCUCUUGACAUUCAUUUGUCUGUAGCUGUGCUGGUUUAGAAGCUGCUGCUUAUGUAUAUAUAUAUGCAAACAUGAAACAUGUCAAACCUGAAUACUUGCAGCGACAGAAUUACACUUUGUAGUGUUAAAUCUCGCAUGGAGAUCAUUCAUAUUCUUACCGCACAACAUUAAAUAAACUUUUUAGAGGAACAUGUCAUUAUGUGAAAAUGUGAAAUCAUGUAUACAUAAUGAUCUUUUUCAUAUGGGACAAAGACUUCUCAAGAGCUUAGAGUUUUCAUAUGGGUCAACUUUUUCACUCUCUAAAAAAAUUU